AUGCCAUUUCCCACCUUCUUCCUUUUUCUAAGUUGUAGGAUUCAGCCCAAACCCACUUUCUACUACUACUACUACUACUUGAUAUAUAUUUUUCUCUCUUUUUUUCUCUCUCUCUUUUUUCUCUCUUUUUCUUCUUUUUCUCUCUUUUCUUCUUUUUCUCUCUUCUUCUCUUUUUCUCUCUUUUUUCUUCUUCUUUUCUCUCUUUUCUUUUUUUUUUCCUCUCUUUUCUUCUUUUCUUUUUCUCUUCUCUUUUCUUCUUUUUCUCUCUUUUCUCUUUCUCUUUUCUCUCUUUUUCUUUUCUCCUUUUUCUCUUUUUCUCUUUUCUCUCUUUUCUCUCUUUUCUCUUUCUCUUUUUCUUUUUUCUUUUCUUUUCUCUUUUCUCUUUUCUUUUUUUUCUUUAUUCUUUUUUUUCUUUUCUUUUUUUUUUUUUUUUCUUAUUUUUUUUUUUUUUUUUUUUUUCAUCUUUUUUUUUUUUUCAUUUUUUUUAUGGACUUGUAUAUGUUCCUUCUUCCUAUCCCCCACCUUCACUACUUUGGUGUUUCUUUUCCUUUUUUUUCUAUUUCUCUCUUAAAUGCUUUUUCCCUUAUUUGCUGUUUCUUCCUGUUUUCCUUUUUUUUCUUCUUUCUUUCUAUCCUUUUUUAA